UUUCCUAUCUCGUCUUUUGUAUGUCCACCCUCUCUAGUAGCAGUCAAACUAGUGCUUCGUCCCAUGAGGAUCGGCUUAGAGCCGGGACGCAGAUAAGCACCUCUUCAGAGGCCCGUAAGUUCCUCGACGAUCAUGAUGUUUUCAUCUUCGACCUCGACGGUUGCCUCUAUGACGGUAACAUCACUUUUGAUGGCGUUGGAUCCCUCUUGAAGAGGCUGUAUGAUGAACACAAGGACGUUUGGUGCUUCACCAACAACAGCUCGAAAACGCGUCAACAGUAUGUCGAUAAAGUCACCAAGAUGUACCCCGAAGUGGAUGGCCUCUUCAAGGAGGACAGAGUCCUGUGUAGCGCAUAUCUUACUGGCCUGAGACUCGAGCAGCUCGGCAUUACACGAGUGUACGUGCUUGGAACGCAGAAUUUGGUCCGUGAGCUGGAGAGUCGAGGCAUUACUGUUGUGGGUGGUGGAGAGGCCGACAGCGGGAAAGCGAUGGAUGCUGAGUCUCUGAGGGAGAUUAAUGUGGACCCGACUAUUCAGGCGGUCAUUUCUGGUUUUGACGUACAGAUCAACUACUACAAGCUCGCCUAUUCAUCGCUGUGCCUUCAGCUUAUACCAGGAUGCAAAUUCAUUGCCACCAAUCCAGAUGCUCAAAUCCCAGUAGCGAAGGGAGCCUUGAUGGCCCCUGGGAAUCUUUGCAUCGUCCGUGCCCUCGCUACGGCAUCUGGUCGAGAACCGGACUGCUUUAUAGCCAAGCCGGAACCAUUCGCUAUGCAAGCUGCCAUUCGGAAGGCUCAUCCGGAUACGCCCUCGUCAAGGAUGGUUAUGGUUGGUGACCGUAUUGAUACGGACAUCCACUUCGGUUUGAACUCCGGGAUUCAAUCCCUUCUAGUCUGCUCUGGUGUGACCUCCGAAGAGCGUGCGAUUGCAGCAUCGUCCGGCCAAGAAGAUAGAAAAGAUCCUUGCGUAUGGGACUAUUGGUGCGUGGACCUUUCCACUAUGGAGCAUCUCCUCGAACAGCAAGACAAUUGACUCCGUUACUGUUUUUAUUCCUCUACCCAUAAUCUCCAGUGUACUCUGUAAUGUACUGUCCAGUUC